AUGGAGGAGCUGUACGACAAGUGGAAGAAUUAUGCUAAUUUUGUGGGCUUCUACAACAUGAUGCAACCGCAGAUUCUUCUCCUAAAACCGGAUUUGAUCAAAAUGGUCACUGUGAAGAAUUUUCAAAAUUUCCAUGAUAAUGGUUUUGCUGAGAUGUUCAACAAGGAUAGUGAUCCUGUUUUUACGAAGACAAUCUUCAUGCUACGUGGAACUGAUUGGAAGGAGAAUAGACAAGAAUUGGCUCCCGCUUUUACUGAUAGCAAGAUGAAAUCCUUGAUUGUUCUAAUAGAAGAGGUAUCCAAAAGAUUGGUAAAGCAUUUAGAUGAAAAUGUGAGUUCAUCAGAAAAGCCCCAUGUGCUGGAAGCAAGAACUUUAUGCACAAGAUACUCCAUUGAUGUUGUUGGAAAUUGCGUUUUCCGCGUCGAUGGAAAAGCAUUUAGAGAAGAAAAAUCGGAAAUGAUGCAAAUGGGAGAGGAAACAAUGAAUCCCAGCGGAUCAUUUCUCAUUUCAUUUCUUCUAAUGCAAUUCUUUCCGAUUCUCAAAGGAAUCCUCCGACCACGUUUCAUUAAAACCUCAAUUGCCACCUACCUCACUGGGCUUAUCGGAGAAUUUGUAAAGAAACGUCAAGAAAAUCCCACAGAUAGUGGAGAAUUUAUGUCUUUCAUGGAACAUCUUAGGAUUAAUCGUGGGACAUCUUCUGCUCAAAUUUUAGGGCACGUUUUUACAUUUUUUAUCGAUGGCUACGAAAUGAGCAGUAACGUCAUGGCUCACACCCUGUACCAGCUAGCUAGAAAUCCAGAUAUUCAGGAGAAAUUGCGUGAAGAAGUGCAAUCUCUCGAAUCCUUUGAGUGCAUAGCAUCACCAUCAAAUGAAAAAUGUGAAUACCUCCAUAGAGUUCUCCUUGAGAGUCUCAGGAUAAAUGCACCUUUGCCAUUUCUCACCAAAAUAUGCACCAAAGAAUGCAAACUUCCUCUUCGUGAUGGCGAAGAGAUACCAAUUGAGACAAAUACCUGCAUCGUCAUUCCAGUAUAUAGCAUUCAGAGAGAUGAAGAAUACUACCCGAAUCCUGACGUAUUUGAUCCUGAUCGUUUUCUCAAUGGAAACGCCAAAAAGUUCCAAAAUCAGGGAAUUUUCCUGCCUUUUGGGGAUGGACCACGUAUUUGCAUGGGAAUGAAACUUGCCAUGAUGCAGGUGAAAAUUGGAGUUGCUACAAUCAUUAAAAAUUUCCAUCUAGCUGUUGAUCCAAAAAUGGUUCAACCUUUCCAAUUGAAUUCAAAGAGAUUUUCUACCACAGCUGAAGGGGGAUAUUGGUUGCAAUUUACACGUAUUGAAGGGAAUUGA